AAAAAUAAGUGAUCUAAAUGACAUCUGCUCAUCCUUCGAAAAUUAAUAUUUUUUUGUGGGAAAAUUCCAGGUGUUUGAAAAUAUAAGUGAUAUAAUGACCCUGUGACAGGCAUAAUGAAGCUCACAUUCACAUCCUUUGACAUCAGAACAACAGUGGCUGAAUUGCAGAAGAGUAUUGUGGGUCUGAGAGUAAACCAAAUCUAUGAUAUUGAUCACAAGACGUACCUGCUGAAGCUGCACAAGCCUGAGCACAAAGAUGUGCUCCUCAUUGAGUCGGCCUCUCGCCUGCACACAACCUCGUACGAGUGGCCCAAGAGUCCAGCCCCCUCUGGUUUCUCCAUGAAAUUGCGGAAGCACCUGCGCAACAAGCGCCUGGAGAGCGUACAGCAGCUGGGGGCGGACCGUGUGGUGCAGCUCACGUUUGGCAGCGGUCCAGCUCAACAUCAUCUCAUCAUUGAGCUUUAUGAUCGCGGCAACAUCACUCUCACUGAUGCAAACUACACCAUACUCAUCAUACUGAGACCCAGGACUGAUGCGGAGGAGACCAGACUAGCAGCACACGAGGUGUACCCCCUGAACAACAUGCGUGUUGUACGCGACCCUCCGUCCCUGGAGCAGAUCGCUGCAGCCCUGCGGGGGGCUAAACCAGCCCUAAACGUCAAGAAAGUCCUCAACCCUUUGCUGGACUGUGGGGGCGGUGUACUGGAGCA